AUGAAGUCCUCUUCAAGCAGUUUUCGCUGUGAAAAUUCAGAGUGUAAUAAAGAAUAUAAUUCGUAUAAUAAUUUGUUGCGGCAUUAUCGAGUAAAUAAAGAAUGUAAGCCGGAAAACAUAGAAAACAAGAAGAAACUCAGUGCAAAGGAGCUUGUUGGUGAUGUAUUGCUACAGGAAAAUAUCAGUGAAGUUACCCGUUCAGCAAGAGUUAAAGCUUUUAUUGGUUGUUUGAGUGAGAAGGAAAUUAAAGAGCACUUUCUUCAGCCUGUUGUUGAACAAACAAGUCCUUGGGAGUUCAUGUUGGCAAAGGCUUCGUCAAGUAGGUCGGGUUCUGUGGACACGACGAGACUUGUUCGAGAUUUUGUUGCCCUAAGAGAGUCAUUGAACAAUACCUACCCUGAAAUGAAACUACUAGUUGCAGAAAGCGUUACUCUUAACACGUCAGAAAUUCCCACUCCUAGGAAUAUGCUAAACUUUGUGGUAGACAACAAGAAUUUAUUGUGCAAGGCCUUACUUGAAGCUCAGAAUGGAAAGGUUUUUAGGGAAGUAUUAAUGCCACUUGUGCUGGACAAAUACAAGGAGAACUUUGUUGAAUUUGCAUCAGGGAUUGUUGGCUCAUUCUGCCUUGGUCAAAAACAACUGCAAGAUGUUCUGUGAAACACUUGGGGAAAAUACCUUUCAUCAGUUCUUGGGGUAAAUGUAAUACCACCAAAGGAUCUGGUUGUGGAAAACCUUAGGAAAAAGAAGAAGGAACUAACAGAAUUGAUAGGUUUGCAGUUUGAAGUCCAUGAUGCCGUUGUAGUUGCGAAAGUUGAUGUUUCUAAAUACUUGGAGUAUCUACUGUCAAGACCAGCUGUCCAAAUAUCGGCAAUUGCACCUCAAAACAAAAUACUAGUCUACCAGUUUACUGAUUUGGCACCAUGGCUAAAGUGGUCAAGGUAUUUCACUGGGAUCACCACCUCGCGUCUCAAAGUUGUUGAGUGCCGCAACCUAAACAGAUUUGUUAUUACUACUGGUGUUUAUCUUGGCCCGGAUGAUUAUGAUACAAUUAGGAAAUGCUUUGGAGCAUUGUACCAAGAGUAUGGUGAGUUAAACAAAAUCCAUCUUCCCAGUUGUGAAAGUCCUAUUCAAGUAUUUUACAGAAGCUGUGCAGAUGGCAAGCAGCGUCGAGUUGACACAGGUAACAGUUCCUCCAGAUCCACCUUUCCAAUUCCAGAUGCUCCAGAGCAUAUCAGCCUGUUGGGUAACAUGUUGGUCAUCUCCACUAGUCCAGUUUGGUCACACAAAGACUCAAGGGACAUGGAGCAGAAAUGGCAACAAACAAAAACUCCCAUCACAAGAUCAGAAUUUGCAAGAAACAACCUAGGCAACCAAGGGCGAGAAAACCUAACCAUCUGCGACAUGGAGAAUUAUUAUCCUGGCACAAUGCAUCUUGCUAUAAGAUCUUUGGAAACCUUGUCGGUUCAAAUUGGCAUGUGUGCAAUUGGUGAGUAAUAGAUGAGUUCAAGGUUAGGCAACAGUCUGCAACACCAUCUUGAAAAAGGGAGCAAAACCUCAUUGCAAUUGGAAUACAAUAUAAUCUACAGACAUGUUAUGGGUUUUGUUUUUCUACUACAAUUAUGUUGCCUAAGCUUGAACGUAUCUACAUGUAAGAUAUUGUACUUAACCUGGUGUUCUUUACUAGUCCAGUGUUUAUACCCUAGUAAGGAUUAGGUCACUAGGGACUAUGGAUAGUAGGAAAUAUAGGGGAGAGCAUCUGAGUAUACAUUGUUACAGGGAAAUAGAAUGCAUUAACUGUCAUAAGUUUUAGUUGUCCUGUAGCAUACAUACCUAUUGGAUACCAUGCUUGUAAAUUUAGUUUGGAAUUCAACCAAAUCACUUUGAAAUCCACAUAUCCUUGGGUGAAAUGCAUUAGAAAUACAUCCAAUUAUUAUAUCCUCAAAUACCCUACAUACAAAUGAUGUUCAAGAGAUAACUUUUUAUUAAUUUCAUUCAUUUAUUGAAAUAACUCAGCAGUUACAAAAACUAACGCUUCAGCUACAUUUGUUUCAAUUCCAUGUAUUUCUAUGCUGCUUCCAAGAAAUAGCUAUCACACACCUUCAACACACCCCCAUGUGCACAAAACCAUUCUACUUCCUGUUUACAAAUGUCAAAAACUGAGAGAACUAUUUAUGGUAUAACCAGGGGCGAAACUUGAGGGGGGGGGGGUAUGGGGGGUGUAACACCCCCAAAAUAUGAAUUAUCUGGUUUGGCAGCGUGAAUCAUCUGGAUAGGCAGGGCAAUCAAAGAUUUUAAAUGAUAGAAUGUAGAGUUAUUAAGUAAUUUAUAGGGCUUUCUGAGGGAAUUGAAUAGAAGUUAUAGACCUAAAUCUUACAGAUAUUGGUCCAAAAAUAUGGGUUUCACCCAUGUUUUAGCAGGAAUUUGUACGGAAAAAUUUUUAAUUUGACUGGUUUAUUUCCGGAAAAAAAUUUUCGACCCUUUUUUUGUCAGAAAAAACUUUUUGAAACCUCCCCCCCCCCCUCGCCAACAUUUUUAGGAAAAAUAGUGGCCAAAAAUAAAAAUGGCAGACACUCCCCAAAUUAAAAGGGGCCUGUUUCGCCCCUGGGUAUAACGACUCUGAAAUUCAGCUUUUAGGAAUAAAUAAAAGGCAGUCCAUAGCAUAAGUAAAGUCACAGCAUUGCCGAGGUAUUGUUUGACUUUAUGAGAUGAACUUCACAUCCAAUUGCAAUUGGCCAGUUACAUAUUAUUGGCCCUUAAUAAACCAAGUUUAAUUCUUGUACUUGUUUAGAUUUGCAUGAGUACAAAAUAAUUAGUUAAUAUGUAAUAUGGGGUGGGACAUAUUUAGCUGAUCAGGGUGUACCAGCCUUAUCAGCUAAAUAUGUCCCAUUACAUAUGGAUUAUGUAUCUCAAGGUAUAACUGGAUCACAGGAAAAGUGGACAGAUUGUUUGAAGAAUGUAGCUCGAUUUGUGAAAGUAGAAAAUGGGCAUUUAACUGUGAAGUUUGAUGAGAUUGGUGUAUUAUCAUUUGGUCACAAAGUAUCUGGUGUUCUGGCUACAAGUGGAUUUCAAAAUUUUAGCCUUCAAACCCUUGUCACUUUUUGUUCUGGGUUAACAGAAGUAUUCCAAAACCUACUGCAACCACCAACCACUUUAAGUGGGGGAGACUAUGAAAUUUUGGCACGAGUGCUCCUUGGUUUUCAAUCAGUGGUAAUCUUUGGUGUGAAGGCAAUAACCCCAUCAAUCAAACAGGCUGUUGUUUACACACCGUUUUACAUUGAAAAGGCUUUGGAGGAUGGUAGAAAAAUCGGGCUUCCUGUGACCUUAGAGCACAUAUCUGAUGCCACAAUGGAGACAGCACACAAGCGCCCCAAAGAAGGCAACUUUUUAUUCAGUGGUGGACGGGAUGGCCCAGCUGAUGUUAUUGAGUACCAGACAUGUGUUCUCACUCAACUUUUCCAAAACGAGAUCUAUAACAUCUGGGACAAAGGCAAUCAGAUUAAAAAGAAGCGAUCAAAACUAGCCCAUUCCGAAGCAGAGCCUCAAGAAGUUAAAAGAAGAAGAGUUGUGGUAAAAAAUUGCUAAUAGACUUAUGAAGUGCUGACAUCUAUAUUGUCCCAAAUGUUGGGAAAUUUAUCUAUUAUGCAAAAAUUUUGUGAUGUAAGCACUUCAAAGGUCUAUUUACCCAAUGGUAUUUAACCCAUUGAGCCACCAUGCGCCCCUGUGCGCCUUACUUAUUUUUUUUUACUUGUCUAACGCCAGACGAUUUUACUCGUCAACGGGAAGCUCUGCAGCUUAAUGGGUUAAAUACUUCCCAAGCUAUUAACACUUGCUAAUUAGCCCAGAACUAUAACAAAAAGGGCCCAACACUGCAUUUUACUUUACCAUCAAAAUUGUCUGCUAUGAUUAUACCUAGAGAAUAUAAUAAUUUUCCUAUACUCUUAAUUCCAGCUACAACAAAAGUUCUAAAAUAUUCAGCAAUACAACAUAACCAUUUCCACUAUCCACAGUUGGUAGGGUCAUCAGCGUCACAAGUUAAGUCUAAGGAAAAAUAAAGACAAAAUAUACUGUUUAGUUAUAUAAUAUUAAUAAACAUUUAUCUGGAGCCAAACAAUGGGGUGUAGAAUUCAGGUGCAAGUGUGGGACCAAGAUGGCAUAUGGUCUAAGUCACAAUGUAACCUACUAGGCCCUACUAUAUUCAUCUACUCUGUCAAACUCCAAACCAUUUAUUUAUUUAUGGCAAUCAUUCAUGCCCUUUCAUGCCUAAUACAUGCAUAAUCAAUGUCUUUCUCUAGCCUAGUAAUUACUCUGUGCCAUCUAUGGAAUACUAGACAAAUCUACCAAUUUAAUUUUCACAAUUAACUUUAUUCAUUUGUAUAGUUACCUUUUGAUACCAAUGAAGGAAGUUGUGAGCUGGAUGAAGUUAACCCUGAAUUCGAAUCAUCUCAAUCAGUAGAAGCACAUUCAGAGGUAAGAUGCACCAUUGGAAAGGUCUUUUUUGUAACAAUUCCAGUAGUUUAUGAACAUUAGAAAGCAUUUAAACUUGUCAUAUUCACACCAACUGUCAUUUAUAUAGCUUUUCACCACCUGUAUGGAUGAAAUCCUAGACGAAAAUACAUGUGAUCCAAAUGUAACAGCAUUACACAUAAGUCCUGAUGAAAUAGAAUGUCUUGCAAGUGCCAAAGUUCCAGAAGGUUCAUCUGACGAAUGUGAAGCUCUUGCCAAUGAUCUAUGGACAUACGGGCAGAACCAUCCAGUUCCAGCAAUUUUUGUUAAUAAAGAAACUGCUGCUGAAUACUUGCAAUCACUGGAAGGUCGGGCUGGAGUGUUAAAUUAUCAUCUGGAGUCAGUAACAUUAUACAUUGGUUCAGAAUCCACUUCGUGGAAAAGAAUCGACCGUCGUGUCUCAAAGGAAAAACUAGAUGCAAAAUUUUACAUGAACUGUAGAAAUGAGAAAAUGUCUGUCCAACACCACCCCACGGCCAAUGAUAGCAAAUCCAAAUACAGGAUUGAUGUGCCAUUCAAUAAAAUAAUGGGCAUGGAGCUGACUUCUGAUGGGAUGCUAACAGCUGAUGUGUUUGGUUCACCUUGUGUUGAGCAAAGAUUGGACGGUUCUCAGGUCUGGAAAGAAAUAACCCCUACCAACUCAAGCAGAUCAUCAAGGUUAGUCAUUGUAUUCCAUCUCCAGAAGCUCCCCGAGAAUUUGGAGUCAAAGUUACAAAGAAUACCAUCACUAUGUUCUGCCCUACGCACUAGACUUUGCAACGACUACUCCAAUUUUAAUCCUACCGAAGGGGAAACUCCACACGAUCGUCUACCACUUGUACGUGAUCCUACCCUAGUACGGGCUGCCCAGCUAGCUAUUUUAAAUCUUCGAGAUCAUGCCAGAAAGAAUGCGUCUUUAGACCCCCGAGACAGAAUACAGCAAAUUGUUGAAGUCUUCGGCGGCAUCGAACAUAGAUUUCGCGAGAUUUUGAAGAUUAGACUUCUCAAAAAUUGUCAAUCGGCGGUCCAACACCAACACGAAGAGUAA